AUGAAUGAAAUCACGCUUGAAGGUGCACUUCAAGCAACAACUUCAAGUUAUUGUUCUUCAUUUGAUCAGUUACUUACCAAAAUUUCUAAUUUGAGACGAGCUCAACUCACUUUUGAUAAAGACUUUGCAGUAGUACCAAAUUAUGAAAAAGGAUGGUGUAAACUGUUUGCUGAUUUUAUUGCUGGAAACGUUUCCUGCAAUUCGAAAGCAUGUGCUGCCCACAGUGAUGACAUGUUAUGGUACGUAUCUGCGCAUCAAAUCAGUUCAGAUUUUUACAUUGAUCAGGUAGUAAAUCUUUGCUUGAUUAAUAGAAAUCGUUUGCAAGUAUAUAGACGUCAAAGUCCUAAUAGGCCUCUGCUCUAUGAUCCUUCGAUAAAUUGGGAGGAGACUGUUUGUUUGAAUGUUAUACUUCAGCAGUUGGAUUUUCAUGUUACCUGUGCCGUUUGCACCAGGACAAGUCCACAGAAUUUGCAGAUUUUACGGAAAAAUUGUCAGCGUGUUUAUCCAUCGCCAAGUAAACGACAAAUGGAUAGCAAAGGUGAAUGUGAAGAAAUCACUUAUCCCAGAAUUUAUUUUGCCAUUGAUGACUUUGAACAGAUCUUCAGCGAUGUGGUAGUUCGAGAUGGAGAAUGUGUUUGUGUUGAAUUGGUAGCUAGAGAUAGAUGUAAAAAGUAUGAGGUCGCAGUUUUUCUCGGUUCCAUAAGAUACGAAGUUUUGAAACAGGUUUAUGACGCACGGGUAUCUCUUUCGUGGCAGUGGGCACAAAAAAUUGUCAGCUCAAAUCAACGACGUCGUGAAUUCGUUCGUAUGAGAGGACCUCAUGGAAAAGGAUAUGCUGAAAUGGCGGUCAUGCGUGUUUCAAACUGUGGUUAUGAAACUCCGUUGUCAGAGCAGUUAUUGAGUUUUGAAAGUAUUAGUAAGUGUGGAAUAAGGCGGAUGUCAGAUACAAAUUUAAAUCAUUAUCCACAGCGACCCAUAGUAAUACCUGGUUCAUCAGAAGGACAUAAUCGUGGACGACGCUGGCAGAGUGAAACUGAUUCUCUAAAUCAGUUCCCAGAAGUUGAAGCGAGUAGCAUUGAUGAUGAGUUAAAUGAAGGCGUAAUGAGUCGUCUAUGGUCCGUUAAGGGUUUCGGUCAAGCAUGGCAUUGGCUUCGAGAGAAGCGAAGAUCAGAAAGUACGCCAUUGAACGCAUUUUUGACCUACAUCACUCUUCCGUGCUCAGCUAUUCUUGACGACAUCUUGUUGGAGCAACCUCGUCGACCGAUUCUCACUUUUGACCUGAGUAAUUUAGAGUUAAAAUCUGACUGA